AUGAUCGAGUUCUCAAACUUUACAGGACGCUUGAUGCUUGUGGACAUGGCUGGCUCUGAAAAUAUUGAGCAAGCUGGCCAAAUUGGAUUUGAGGCAAAAAUGCAGACUGCAAAGAUCAACCAAGGAAACAUAGCUCUCACAAGAGUGGUUGAAUCCAUUGCCAAUGGUGAUUCUCAUGUGCCUUUCGGAGACAGCAAACUGACCACGCUUCUACAGGAUUCUUUCGAAGAUGAUAAAACAAAAAUUUUAAUGGUACUGUGUGCAAGCCCAGACCCCAAGGAAAUACACAAGACAAUCUCCACCCUUGAAUAUGGUGCAAAAGCAAAAUGUAUUGUCCGUGGCCCUCAUACGCCAAUCAAGGAUAAAAUUGGCACUGAAGAUUCAUCUGCUGUUAUUUUAGGAUCAAGGAUUGCUGCCAUGGAUGAAUUCAUCCUUAAACUGCAAAGGGAAAAUAAGCUCAAAGAGAAAGAGCGAAAUGAAGCACACAGGGAGUUACAAAAGAAAGAAGAAGAGGUUGCUGCACUGAGAGCUAAACUUGAGCUUAUGGAAGGGACGGGAUCUGGGAAAAAGGAGGAAGAAAUCAACUUGAAGGUGACUGAGACUCUGAAACGUGAGUUGGAAAAGAAGUUCGAGGAAUGCCAGCGUAUGGAAAAUGAGUUUGUUGAAUUGGAGAGGAGGAGAAUGGAAGAAAAGAUAUUUCAGCAGCAGCAGGAAGUUGAAACACUGAGGUGGCGGUUAGAGGAAAUUGAGCUUGAGCUAUGCCGCUCAGGUGAUGGAAAUGGUAAGGAGAGUGGGACAAAGGACCAUGAUGGAACCCAGUUUGCCAAAAGGUUGUUAGGGAUCUAUGCCAGUGAUGAUGCAGGAGGAAUGGUAAAGUCAAUGGAUUUGGACAUGGAUGAUCAAGAACCUUUUGCUGUGAGGUGA